AUGGCCCACCAAGAUGCAUCGCGAGUGUCCGGACCCUCGUUCCUCGACUUGUCGCUGGAGCUUCGAACUACGGUUUAUCGACUACUGCUCAUCCAAGACGACGUGAUAAUGACCCAAUUUCGACUCUGCCUGCACCCUGCCAUUCUUCGCACGUGCCGCCAAGUCCUUCUCGAAGCCCGCCACCUCCUGUACGAGGGAAACACUUGGGGGAUGACGAUAUUCGACAAAGGUGGGCAAGAACGAGCCUACUUCCGGGGAUCGGAUCACAUCGGGGAGUACCCAAGUCACCGAUACGGAUUCCGGGUCGAAGUCGUCCGACGGUUGAGGAUUAUGGUCGAAAUACAUAGCGAAGACAACCUCUGGACUGUUCGUUCGGCCAUACGCAAGGUCUGCCGGGUCCUGUCGGAUAUCCCACAGCUGGAUUACGUCCACUUGAGCCUCGAGGGUGGAGGCGGAACUGAGACCUCAGAGCAUUGCCACGUCCUGAAAAACUUCGGCCUGCUGCGCCGCGUUGGCAAGGUCACCACGGCCGGCGUUCCGCGAGUCUACGCCGAAUAUCUCCGGCGCCGGAUGACGGGGUGCGCGCCGUUGGACAACUUACCCAAGAUGUAUGAGGCGCUGGAACUCUAUGCGGACCCCUUCGACUUCAGCGCCGCUCUUCUCCAAAAGGCAAUCGAGGCAGUGGAGCUCGGCGAUGUUCAGCAGUUCAAGGACUUGAGGGCGCAGAUCGUGGAGCAGGUGGACGGACAUAUGAAGGAGUCGGUCAGCCGUCUGUACGAUCACGAUGGCCGAGGAGAGGACCACGGGCCAGACAAUCUGUCUACACCCGAAGUGAUCUCCCCUGAGAAUACCGACAGCUUGACGGACGGCGAGAAGGACGAAUGA